CACACACACACAUCAGCAGCAGCAGCAGCAACAGCAAUGGCAGCCGGACAGUAAGACACAUGUCAGCACAGUCUGUGAGCUGUAAAACUGUUUCGCUGGGUCCGAGUGACGACACAAAGACAUAAUGUCUCGUCACAGAAAUGUUCGAGGUUACAACUACGAUGAAGACUUUGAUGAUGAUGACAUAUAUGGACACUCCGUGGACGAUGACCUCUGCUGUAUAUCUCCAGCAACAGCGAAUCAGUUUAUCUACUCACGCCAAGAAAGGCAUGCACCAAGGGAGGAGCCUUUAGAGGAGGAAGAAGAGUAUGGAGAGGAAGAUGUUCCCAUGUCCCCAGCUGUAAGCUCCAACCUCAGUCCUCUUGAUCAAGCCAAGCUGUAUUCGUGCCUGGAUCAUAUGCGGACAGUUCUGGGAGAUGCAUUUCCAGACUCAGUCUUGAGCCAGACAGCCAUAAGAUAUGGAUUUGAUCCACAGAAGGCACUGGAUGCAGUCCUGUCUGAUGACACUAAAAAAGCCCCAGUUACAGGAAGCACCAAUGAGGAGGCAGCUGUGCCAGCAAGACUUGGCCAGGAGACAGCUCCACUACCACAGAGAACCAAACAAGAGGCCGUGGCUGAGAAAGCUAAAAGCAGAGACGCGUCUCAAACUAAACUGGACUCUGAAGUGGUUCCCAAAGUGGCUCGCAUGACCGUCUCUGGCAAGAAGCAGACCAUGGGCUUUGAUGUUCCCAGCACAGGGGAGAACGACGUUGUCAUCGCCUCAUUUCGCCGUGGUGGCAGUCCAGAAAGCGCAACCACAACACCCGCCACAGAGGUCACCACCAAACGUCCCGAGACCCCAUCUAAAGGGUCAAAUGUCGAUGAACCCUCCACAGUUCCCACUCCAGGCCGCAAUGCUGGAAAGAGUCGGCAGUCGAUCAAUGUCAAGGCUGAGCUGGAGAAGAGGCAGGGGGGCAAACCUCUGUUGAAUUUGGUGGUCAUAGGUCACGUGGAUGCAGGUAAAAGCACACUGAUGGGCCACCUGCUUUAUCUGCUGGGCAAUGUCAACAAACGUACCAUGCACAAGUAUGAGCAGGAGUCCAAGAAGGCGGGAAAAGCUUCCUUCGCGUACGCAUGGGUCCUGGAUGAAACUGGCGAGGAGAGGGACAGAGGUGUAACAAUGGAUGUAGGCAUGACAAAGUUUGAGACAAACUCCAAGGUGGUGACUCUGAUGGAUGCACCUGGACACAAAGACUUCAUCCCCAACAUGAUCACAGGAGCUGCACAGGCUGACGUGGCGGUGCUGGUGGUGGAUGCCAGCAGAGGCGAAUUUGAGGCGGGUUUUGAGGCGGGUGGUCAGACCAGAGAGCAUGCACUGCUGGUGCGUUCGCUGGGCGUCACUCAGCUCGCUGUUGCUGUCAACAAGAUGGACCAGGUAAACUGGCAACAACAGCGUUUCCAAGACAUCAUCUCCAAACUGGGUCAUUUUCUCAAGCAGGCAGGAUUCAAGGAGUCUGACGUCUUUUACAUCCCCACCAGUGGCCUGUCGGGAGAAAACCUGGUCACCAGGAGUUCAGUUUCACAGCUCACCUCCUGGUACCCUGGUCCCAGCCUGCUGGAGCAGAUUGAUGCCUUCAAAGCCCCUCAGAGAUCUGUAGACAAACCCUUCCGACUGUGCGUCUCAGACGUGUUCAAAGACCAGGGCUCGGGCUUCUGUGUUACGGGGAAAAUCGAAGCAGGUUAUAUUCAGACUGGAGACAAAAUACAGGCUAUGCCUCCGAAUGAAACCUGCACUGUCAAAGGAAUUACUCUACAUGAUGAGGCGCUGGACUGGGCUGCAGCAGGAGACCACGUGAGCCUGACGGUCACUGGCAUGGACAUCAUCAAAAUCAACGUGGGCUGCGUGUUCUGUGAUCCUAAGGAGCCGAUUCGAGCCUGCACUCGAUUCAGAGCCAGAAUCCUCCUCUUCAAUAUCGAGGUCCCCAUCACACAAGGUUUCCCUGUGUUGUUGCAUUACCAGACACUCAGUGAGCCAGCCACCAUUAGGAAACUGAUUAGCGUUCUGCACAAAAGCAGCGGGGAAGUCCUCAAGAAGAAACCAAAGUGUUUGAGUAAGGGUAUGAAUGCCAUUGUGGAGAUCCAGACCCAGAGGCCAGUGUCAUUAGAACUGUACAAGGACUACAAGGAGCUGGGCCGCUUCAUGCUGCGAUACGUAGGCUCCACCAUUGCUGCAGGGGUCGUCACUGAGAUCAAGGAAUGAAGACCCGUUCCCAUCAACACAGCGCUGCUCAGGCCUUGUUCUGGAGAUGGCAAGCAGCCAGAGACAAAGUGCAAUUUCUCAGAGUCACGUCACUCAUGGACUCAGAGCAUCACGUCCAUCCAUCUCUCCAUCCAACGCAGCAGCUGUCUGCACUAACUGCACCGAUACCAACCACAUAGCGAGACAGACGCCUGGCUUCUGAACAUGGCGACGCUGUUCAGCCAGCUUCCCCUACUUCACAUCGUCUGAUCCUUAGUUUGUCAGUAAAAAAAUUUCCUCUCAUGAAUCUCAGUUUGCUCAAGCGUAAUUGUAAUGAAUUGCUACAAUAAUUGAUAAAACUCGGAGGACACUUCUGCCGUGCUGAGAAUUCCACAGUGAUUAUUUUCACUGAAGGAGCCUUGAUCUUUUUGAAUGAGUUGAAUUUCGUCCGAUAAAUUAUUAAAACCUAGCGUAGAAGCUAACAACAAGGGCAGCCCUGGUAUAAAGAUGACAUUUUCUUUCUACUGUAUUUAAGAAGUGAAAUGUAGUCCGAGAACAAAAAAGGGAAAUUACAAUUUCCACCUCGACCUGUAUUGAGAGACCUAAUUUUUGUUCUUAUUAACAAAAGAUAAUUACUUGAAAUGCUUCUGAAAAUGAGACUUUCAGAAAAGCAGCAUAAUGCUUUUGGAAGGGCUUUUUAUUUUUUUCCUUACAAAGACACUGCAGAACUACGGUGGAAGAGGUUGAAGAAGCUGCAUUUCUGUUUCUCGCCGUGUUUACGUCGGCUGUGUGAGUAAAGAUGGUGCAAAGAAUGGUGCAAAAUGAACAACAUGACAUCAGUAAUCUUUGGUUUGAGUUUUGAUUUUUAGCAGAUUUGUCCUUUUCUCAACACCUGUGAAAAUCCCUGUGACAAGUUUUAGGCAAUUUAGCCUGUGAAAGUUUGACAGUACGACGAGAAAUUCCCUUUUUUUGGCAGUAAAAAUGUGAAUCAGGAAGUCAAAAAAGAACAGUGAUCAUUUUCCCAAUACUGUUCCCAAAUUAAACUGUGCAACUCAUUUUAAUUUAAAAACAACUCUAAUCAACACGCAUGCUUUUCUUUUCCUUCAUUAAAGACACUGCUCCAUAACUGACCCAAAUUCAGUGUUCCAUCAGCUAUGAAUAAAUUACUUUUGCUCCCAUCCCAUGACUGUCAUCAGCUGGUGUCGUUUUACUCAGCUGCUGUAAAUCUUGUCUGUUGUCAAGCAUUCAUAAAAAUGUCAACAAUUAA